AUAUAAAUAUUGUAAAUACUAGUGGUGGUGUUAAUAGUAAUAAUGAUACCAUUAACAUUGACAUUAAUGAUGAAGCUGGUGAUGAGAAUAUUGCAAAUAUUAGCAGUGGUGCUAGAAUAAUAAUAGUAAUGGUGGUGGUGAUGAAGCUAGUGGUGGAACCAUUGCAAGUACUAACAACA